AUGGAGAUGGAGACAGACUCACAGUCACAUCAGUAUGUUUCACCAACACAGUGGCAGCGGAUAGCACGUGUCCUUGGGCACGUGUUUCAUAUCGUGUUCUCUACGCUGCAUGAGAUCGAGAGCAAACCACUCCUGGGCAAGGUCGCAGUGAUGCUUGCAGCGCCCACAGUGAUGGCACUGACACUGACGCUGCCCGUGGUGGUGACGGCAUAUGAGGAUGUUAGGCACGAGCGCAAGAAGCUGCGCGGCAUCGCAGGUGGGGGUGAGAGCCGGUUGGUCGACUUCGAGGAGGAAGACAUAGAACGCACGCUGAUCGCGGAGGACGAGGUAGCAGAGGAGAUGCAUGAGCUGAAAUAUAACAAGUGGCUAAUGGCAGUGCAGUGCACCCUUGGGCUGCUCUUUUGUGUUGCUAUUUUGUUCGACAGGACGAAGCAUGAACUGUGGCUGCUGCUGGUGACGGGCGUGGCGGGCUUCACUGUGGGGAUCAUCGUUGCAGUUUUCUCGGAUCGAGGUACGCACGCCGGUGCGCAGCUGAUGCGCUGUACCAUGGGCUUCAUGGUUGCUGUUGUUUGGAUUAUGGCGAUUGCAGAUGAGGUUGUAGAGGUUCUACAGAUGUUCAGUUUCAUAUUUGGCUUGUCUGACACUAUCAUUGGGCUUACAAUAUUCGCUGUUGGGAAUUCUCUGACUGAUUUAGUUGCAAACAUGAGUGUAGCAGUAUUCGCCCUGAUCAUGGGCUUCUCAGCAUGUUACGGUGGGCCGAUGCUGAACAUCCUCCUCAGUGUUGGCAUCUCGGGCUCCUACAUCAUCUGGCAGACCACUGAGCCAUACCCUCUGCACUUCUCCACGAUGCUCAUCAUCACGGGCAGUGGGCUGCUCAUGCUUCUCCUUGCCACGCUGAUUUUCGUGCCGUGGAAUGGCUACUUCCUUCUGUGGAGCUGGGGCAUCAUCCUCAUCAUGGCAUAUACUGGCUUGAUGAUCACCAACAUCAUUGUCAAGAUCAUAAGCUGA